AAGCAAACGAUGUCGGUCUUUACGUACAAACUCGUGGUCUUAUACUGCAUCUGUAGCGUCGCGAUCGCGAGUGCCGAUGAUAUCGAUGAAAAAUCGGCACCUCCGGGGACCAUCGAUGGCCAAAACAACUCUUCGCUCUACAGGCUACCCAAGACUGUGGUGCCCGAGUUCUACGACCUCUCCUUAGCGACAAACGUGACGAGGGGCGAUUUCAAUUACUAUGGCGAGGUGACGAUUCUCUUGCGCGUCCUCGAGACGACCCGGCGAAUAACCCUGCACGCAGACAAGCUGGAAGUACUAAGCGAGAGAUCGGCGCUACUCGAGGACAACGGCAACGGUGAUCAACGGACCGUGCCGAUAGAGAGCCAGGGGAACAACAGCGACACCCAAUUCCACGUUAUCACGCUGACCGAGGACUUGGCUCCGGGAAGGUACUCGUUGAACCUGCACUUCCGCGGCACGGUAUUGGACGACGCGUUCGGUUUUUAUCGGAGCUCCUACGGGUCGGGCAACGCCACGAGGUGGAUCGGCGUGACGCAGUUUUCGCCGACGUUCGCGAGACGGGCCUUUCCCUGCUGGGAUGAGCCGGGCUUCAAGGCCAGAUUCCGGCUGCGCGUGGGCCACUACGCAAACGAAACCGUGACCUCGAACACGAUCCCCGAAUCCGUGAGCACCACAGAUUGGCCAGAUUACUACGUCACCGAAUUCGCGAGGACUCCGCCCAUGUCGACGUAUCUCCUUGGCUGGGUGAUACACGACUUUCACCGCGUCAACUUCACGUCCCCGUCCCGAGGAGGAGGACGAGCCGGGAUCCCAUUGUGGACGCGCUUUGGCGAUUCAGAGCUCCCCGGGCCCUUGGCCACCCUCGUCUAUGGCCCGCUCAUCUACUCGGCCCUCGAGGAGUACACGAACCUUACCGAUCCCCUGCAGGGCGACCUCGUCCAGUUCGCCAUUCCGGACUUCAACUUUCACGGUAUGGAGAAUUGGAACCUCGUGGCGUACCGGGAGUCGGUGCCGCUGGCCAGCGAGAGUCAAGCGCCCCUCGGGCUCGUCCGCGACGCCCUGGUCACGGUGGCCCACGAGUACGCGCACAGCUGGUGGGGCAACCUCGUGACCCCGAGUUUCUGGGACGUGGCCUGGCUGAAGGAGGGCUUCGCCACGUACUUUGCCUACGUCGCGAUCGACGCCACGGACCGGGGCUGGCGCGUCUGGGAAUUCUUCGCGGUCGAGGCGCUGCAGACCAGUUUGCUCGCCGACUCGGAGGAUCACAACAGGACGAUGAACGGCCGCGACGUCGGUAGUCCCAGCUCCGCCAAGGCUGCCCUCAAUUUCGUGACUUACAAGAAAGGCGCGUCCAUCAUACGCAUGAUCGCCGACACGUUGGGCGACGAGCCGUUCCAGGACGCUAUGCGUUCGUACCUUCGGGAAUACCAGUACAGAGCGGUCGUUCCGUCCGACCUGUACAAGCACCUGGAGCGAGUAUAUCAGUCCCCAACGGCGCCAAGUGUGGCCGACUUUGUCGAAUCUUGGGCCAACCAGCCCAACUAUCCCCUGGUGCGGGUGAACCGAGUCGGUGUCAGACGGAUCCUCGUGACCCAGGAGGUCUUCCACCUGAGUCGGAAGAACAGGUCGUCCCUUGGAGCCGACGAGGCUCGCUCCUGGUGGAUUCCGGUAACCAUAGCAGCCCCGUCGACCAAAAGUGGACAACUCGUCGAGUCGUCGAGCUGGCACGGUCAGAGGACCAGUGUCGCCGAGUUGCCGGACACCGCGAGCGACGACACCUGGUACGUCGUGAAUCCCCGGCAGAUCGGGUACUACCGCGUCGAUUACGGAGUGGGUGGCUGGGAGCUUCUCAAGGAGCUGCUCUCGGGCGGCCACCUGCGACUGCCGAGGAGCAGCAGAGCAGCCCUGCUGGACGACGUCUUCAAUUUGGCGAGGGCUGGGUACAGGGAGUACAAGCUGGCGCUCGAUCUGGCGGGGUACCUGAGGCGGGAGCUCGAGUACGAGCCGUGGGUCCCAGCCUGCCGGGCCAUCAAAUUGCUGGACUCCAAGUUGGGGGGGAAUCCGGGGCUGCGGCUGGUCUUCAGGAGUUACGCCGCCGAUCUCCUAAGGCCGAUUUACGAGCAAGUGGGCUUCGAGGAGCGCCCGUCGGACUCGAGAAUCCGGAGGCUGCAGCGCAAUCUGAUACUUUCGACCGCGUGCUCGGUGAACCUCGACAGUUGCGUGUCGAGGGCUAAAUCGCUUUUCGACGACUGGAUCGAGGACGAGAGCAAAGCGGUGCCCGCGAAUUUGCGGGAUUUCGUUUAUCGCGUUGGCAUCGUUAACGGAACGGAGGACGAUUGGAUUGAAUUGUGGCGGAGGUUUUCGACGAGCGAUUUUUACCCGGAAAAGGAGAUUAUGAUGAAAGCACUGGCCAGAACGGAUGAUUCCGAUCUCGUCAGGAGGUACAUCGAGGCUGCGGUUCGACCUGGUGCAGCUGACGUUAAAUUUCAGUACAGGCUCUCGAUGAUCCAGUGGGUUGUUACUGGAAACAGUGCGAACAUUGGCAACGUGUUGGGUUACGUGGACGAAAAGUUGAUGGAAAUAAUUCGUUUGAGGGACUUCAAAUUUUUGGGAGACAUAUUCACCACGAUAGGAAAAGAAGUAACGUCAAACGACCAAUUAGAUGAGUUAACUUCGUUUGUUAAUAAAAAUGCUGGUCAACUUGGAAGUGCUUUCGAGGCUGGUAAAAAGGCAAUCAAACAGGCAAAUGAUAAUUUAGUGUGGAUUAACGAUUGUGUUUUACAAAUCGCAAAUUAUUUCAAGUGUUCCUACUUUUUGAAACAUAUCUUUGUUCUGUGCGACUCUCGUCAAGCACACAACACAAAUUGCAAAGGAACAUUCAAGAUGCGUGAGAAAGUGAGCGUGUUAUUUUUCUUGGCGUUAAUUUUCACAACACAAGGAUUGUCAAUACCUAUUUCAUCGGAUAAAAAUCAUGUAUUUAAGACGAACGAUAUCGCUCAGGAGACAGAAAAUAAAACGAAAGUAAACUACCGAUUACCCUCUGACGUAGAACCCACGAAUUAUCAACUUACGCUGACUCCGCAUCUUGAGGGUGAAAAGAAUUUUACUUUUGAUGGAUCCGUCAUGAUAAAAUUAACGGUCCUAAACGAGACCGCAGAAAUAGUUUUUCACGCUAGGAAUUUAACAUUUUCCAAAGCCGAUAUUGAAAUAGAAAAAGAAGGAUUAGAAAAUGAAAUAAUAAAUUUUGAACUAAGUACGGACGAAAAAACUGAUUUCGUAAAAAUUAAAACAACGGAUAAUUAUAAAUUCAAGAAAGGUUCGAAAUACAAACUGAAGAUUAAAAAAUUCUCUGGCAUACUAGCCGAUGACAUGCAUGGAUUUUACAGAAGUUCUUAUGUCAAUCAGGCGGGUGAAAAAGUAUGGCUGGCCACAACACACUUCGAACCAGUUGAUGCGCGCCGAGCAUUUCCCUGCUUCGAUGAGCCAGCGUUUAAAGCGACCUUUGACAUCACCAUUGUUCACGAUAAAAAAUACAAAGCCAUCUCGAAUAAACCAGUUGAAAAAAGCGAACCCAUUGAUGAUAAAAAUGAAACGCGAACUAAAUUUCUGACAACUCCAAAAAUGUCAACUUAUUUGGUGGCUUUUGUAGUUUCGAAUUUCGAAAGUAAACAUAAUGCUGAUAAUUUUACUGUUUAUGCUAAAGCCGAUUUCAUAAAUCAUACCUCAGUGGCUUUGGAAAGUGGGCCAAAAUUAUUGAAAGCCUUGGAAGAUUUCACUCAAGUUACCUAUGACAUGGGUAAAAUGGACCAAGUUGGAAUUCCAGAUUUUGCUGCUGGAGCAAUGGAGAAUUGGGGACUUGUACUUUACAAAGAGAAAUCUUUGCUAUUCGAUGGCAAUACUUCAACUACCAGCAACAAACAAAACAUCGUGGAAACAAUCGCCCACGAGUUCGCUCACCAGUGGUUCGGAAAUCUAGUGAGCCCAAAAUGGUGGAAAUACAUAUGGCUAAACGAAGGGUUUGCAAAUUUCUUCCAAAGCUACAUAACCGACAAGGUCGAACCAGAAUGGCGUUCAGUCGAACAAUCGGUUGUAAAAUCUAUUCAAACCGCGGCAUUCGACUUCGAUUGUGAAUCGAAAACUCAUCCUAUCAACCAUGACGUAGAUAGCCCUGAAGAGAUUAGAGCAUUGUUCGAUUCUAUCUCGUAUAAGAAAGGGGGUGCAAUUAUCCGCAUGAUGCAACACUUCCUUACCGAAGAGAUUUUCAGGAAAGGACUUAACAUAUAUCUGAAAAAUAAUACAGUAAAUCACAAUGCAGCCGAUUCUGACGAUCUUUUCAAUGCUAUUCAAAAAGCAGUGAAAUCCAAGGACAUUAACGUGACAGCUAUCAUGAAUACUUGGGUUAAUUUCAAAGGAUAUCCUGUUGUAAAAGUUACUCGAAGUAAUGAUUCCAAAAGUAUUACAGUGACUCAGGAACGCUUUUACACUUAUGAACCGAGCGAAGAAGAAAAAAAUAGUACACACGUAUGGCACAUACCAAUUAAUUUUGCAAGAGAAAAAAAUUUAGAAUUUAGUAAUACAUCCGUUCAACACUGGCUAACAAAAAAAACAGACAAAAUUCCUAUUACAAUUGAUGCAAAUGAGUUCAUAAUUUUAAACAAGCAGCAAACAGGUUAUUACCGCGUACAGUAUGACGAAGAAAAUUGGGAUUUGAUAAUUAAGUAUCUCAAUUUAAAGAAUCAUACAAGUAUUCACGUGUUGAAUCGCGCUCAAUUAAUAAACGAUGCUUUGGCCUUCGCCAAACAGGGAAAAUUGAAACUCUCGAUUCUUUUGAACUUAAUUGAGCACCUACAAUAUGAAACAGACUACAUCGCAUGGUACCCUGGAUUUAAAGCAUUUUCGUGGCUAAAGUCAAAAUUAAUGGAUACAGAGAUUUAUCCUGCUUUCAAGGACUUUGCUUCAAAAACAAUGAAACCGUUAAUUGAAUCUGUCGGCUUUAAAGAAGCACGUAAUGAAUCUGAAAAGGCAUAUUUAACUAAACUGAAUAGAAUCACAGCUGUUGAUUGGGCAUGUAAAUUGAAUGUAAAAUCAAAUGAGACUUCGUGCAUCACAGAAACACAAAAAGUAUUAGAAAGUUGGCUUGAAGAUUCAAAAAAGACUUGGAUAACUCCCGACUUGAAACAAGUAACAUUGUGUAAUGGUUUACGAUAUGCAACAUUUGAAAUUUGGAAUAAAACAUUAAAUAAAAGUGAUUCGUCAACAAAUAACGAUGAAAAAAAUAUAUUGAUCUCAGCGUUGGCAUGUUCGUCUGAUAAGAAUAUUUUAGAUUACUACUUUAAUUACACAUUGACAGAAAACUCCCAUCUUAAAAAUGAAACGCUAAAAAUAGUUGAAUACAUACAUAAAAAUAGCGAAGUGGGAAUCGACGUUACUUUGGAUAUAAUAAAAUACAGAUUUUCAGCUCUUCUGCAAAAGCAUAUUGAUACUACUAAAAUAACGCCUGUACUUCUUGCUGUGAGCAAGAAAAUCACAACUACUGCUCAAUUUGAAAAGCUUCAAAGCAUAAAAGAUACAGAUUUUCCUGAACAUGCGGUAAUGCCAGCCAUAGAAGAAGCAAAGAAAAACAUUGAUUGGCUCAAAGAAAACCAAGAUAUAAUUAAAAGCGCAAUGGAGCGUUCAAAUAAAAAUGGUGUAGAACUUUUUUCGACGUCCAUUCUUUUAAUUUCAGCACUAAUUAUGUUUAACAUAUUUGUUUGUUGUCUAGAAACGUGUCAAACGGCGUCCGUCUGUAGUCGGUACAAGAUGAUAGAAAGAACAUUUUUGGCUCUAGCAAGUUGCGUAUUAUUAAUAUCGGGUACAAAAAUCGAUUGUGGAGAACGGAAAAAUAUUCAAAAUAAAACUUGUGACUUUUUUCAUCACAUCAAACCGUUACGUUAUCAAGUCUACAUAGAUCCGUGCAUUAACGAUGGAAACUUUAGUGGCUACGUCCAUAUAGAUCUUCUUAUUCUACGACCAACAAAGAACGUAUCUUUACAUUCUCAAGAAUUGAAUUUUUGUGACGAAGGCGUCUAUUUGGCUUUAAAAGGUAGAGUUAACGAUACCUUUGACGCAUUAACGUCACUCAAGGACCUGGAAAAUGACCACGAUUUGGCUCAACACUCUGACGAGGCGUUGGCUUUUUCGUCCGAAACGGUGAGACCGUGUAAAUUUAUCUACCGCAAGCAAGAGCAAAUAGUAACAAUAAAGUUUGAAGAAGUAGUAAAACCGGGAAGAUACACAUUGGAAAUAAAUUACAUGGGUACCAUCAAUAACGAUCCUAUUGGUGUUUACAGGCGAUAUUACAAAGAUGACGAUGGUCAAAAAAAUGGAAUGCUGUUGACUAAUUUUUUUCCAACAUCGGCAAGGCGAGUUUUUCCUUGUCGAGAUGAACUUGGAGCAAAAGCCGAAAUUCAUUUUACAAUACAAACUUCAUUAAACUACACGACACUCAUGCCUAAAACACCCAAAACUUGCGUUGAGUUCAAAGAAGGACAAAAAUGGUCUCAUUCGCAUCCCAUGUCAAAUAUCUCAACGUAUCAACUUAACUUUGCAGUGAUAAAAAGUUUAAAGAAUUUGACAAAAACAAAUGAAAACAAGACUUACAUCAUGUAUGCUACGGCUACUGAUUUAAAAUCAGUCAAACUCGCACAAAAUACGCACAUGAAGGCCAUGUCUUUGAUGGAAAAUUUAACAAAAAUAAAUUAUCCAUUAAAUACUAUAAUAACUCUCAUCAUUCCAGAAAAAGCUGAUGUCACUUCUUCCGCGAGCAUGGGUUUUAUAACAUUAAAAAAAACUCAGAAUUUGUAUAAUGAUAAGUCAGGCCCACAAAAAAAGAAAGAUGUCGUUUUACAAGCAUCCCGAGACAUUGUCAGCCAGUGGUUUAAUCACCUCAUCAGUCCUGUUUCCUGGAAGCACAUGUGGUUAAAUGAUGCCCUAACAGAAUACAUAAAAUAUUAUAUUGCAGACAAGAUUAUGCCUAACUGGCGAUUAAGAGAAGUUUUCGUUGUCUGGGAGUUGCAACGUAAGUCAUUUAUACCCAAUAAAAUCACGGAUAGUUUUCCACUGAAUGAAAAACUAUAUGUCGACAAUCCAGAGGAUAUUCAGUGUUUAUUAAGAAAAUCUUACUCUUCACGGGUCGUAGGUGCAUCCUUGAUACGAAUGAUGUCAUACUAUUUAAGUGAAGAUAUUAUUCUUUCUGGUAUUACAAACUUUUUAAAAGCAAACAAAUAUAAAGCCGUGAGACUUGAUCACUUUUGGAAUGCAGUACAAAAUGCUAUCAAUGCAUCCGAAGAUACUAGAUUUAAAAAUAUUAGUAUUGCAAAAGUCAUGGAAUCAUGGGUGAACACAGAACUUUAUCCCAUAAUAAUAGUAAAAAGAAAUUAUACCGAUGGAUCGAUAGAAGUUUCUCAAACUCCAGCAGUCACAUUUUUCGGACUAACCGAGAACAAUGUGACGACCAAGUGGUGGAUCCCAAUCAAUUAUGCAACUCACUCAAAUCCAAAUUUCAAUACAACAUACCCGACCCAUUGGUUAAAGCCAGAGAUGGAACAAUUGAUUAUUAAAGGUGUAGAUUCAAAAGAUUGGGUUGUUUUUAACAUUCAGCAAACAGGGUACUAUCGCGUUUUGUACGAUAAAGAGAAUUGGAAACGAUUGGCGGGAUUUUUGAAUAGUGAAAAUUAUGAUAAAAUAUCCCCCAUCAAUCGAGCACAAAUCAUUAACGAUGCCGUCCAGUUUUCACUCAAGAGACACUUAGAUAUGGAUGUUUUUCUCGAUCUUCUGUCUUACUUGCGAAAAGAAAGUGACUACAUACCAUGGUACGACGCCCAGUUCAUAUUUAGUUUUUUAAACUAUCACUUAGCAAACACUCACGCAUAUCCUAGCUUAAAGAAAUUCAGUUUAUUCCUCAUUACUCCAAUAGCUGAUAAAAUUGGUUAUACAGACCGUCCAGAUGAUGACUUUUUAACUUUGUUACUACGAAGAAUCACUAAUUAUUGGGCUUGUCAUUUUGGCUACGAAAAGUGUUGGAACAACGCUACGCAGCAGUUAGAAGCUUACCUGGAUAAUAAAAAAUCCGAAUUAGGUUCAAUUGAUAUACAAGAUUGGGCUCAAUGUGUCGGUUUGCACGGCGCAAACGAAUCGAUUUGGAAUCGAAUGUUGGAUAAAUAUAAGGAAAAACAAUCGGAGGAUGUACUCAUACAUCUUGGUUGUUCUGAAAACUCAUCUAUUUUGAACAAUUUUCUCAAUAUGACUAUAACAAACAACGAAACAAUACCAGAAAAACAAGUUUUGUCUGUUUUCAAAGCGGUUUGUUUGUACCCAUCAGGGGAUGACAAGCGAAUUAAUAUUUGUUUGAAUUUCAUCAACAAUCACUUUGAUAAAAUAUUGUUGAGGCUUGGAAACGCAACCGACUCUUUUACACAAUUUCUGGAUUUGUUGGGUUCCGAAAUAAGACAGACUUCACAAUUUGAUCAAUUUAAAGCCAUUCUGUCUCGAGAAAAAGCUGCCUUUAUUUUGGACAAACUUAAUGGCAGAAUAAAGCAAACGGAGAACCGUAUUUCUGUUUUUGAUCAAAAAGCAAACUAUUAUGGGCCUUUUUUGAAAGGACAGAUAGCACAACUUUGCUAAACUAUCAAUGAUACUAAUGAUAUUAUGUAUAAUACAACAGAAAAACCUUCACUACCAGUAGUUGUAAAAUAAACAUUUUCUGAAUAAAAAUGCCAAC